AUGAUAUCUUAUGCUAUUGAAAAUGCUCCACCCGUACACAACCCUGAUGUCGAUAAUGAGAAGUUAUCCAGGAAGAAUACUGAGCAUUUGAAAAGAACAAGCGCUCUAUUUCAGGAACCAAAGCUGGAGAGAGAGCUAGUGAAAAAACUCGACUAUCAAAUCUUGCCUUUGGUAUGCGUUCUAUACUGCUUUUCAUUCCUCGACCGGGUGAAUAUUGGAAAUGCGAAAAUUGCUGGCAUUGAGGACAGUUUGCAGCUCAACCCCAGUCAAUUCAGCACUUGUCUGGCAUUAUUUUAUCUCAGUUAUAUUCUUUUUGAAGUACCAGCCAAUGUACUGUUGAAACAUUUCAAAAUCAAUGUGUGGAUCAGCAUAAUUAUGUUCCUAUGGGGAGCUGUUACUGUAGUCACUGCCUUUGUGACAUCGUACUCUACACUUGCAAUCACUCGAUUUUUCCUUGGUGUUUUUGAGGCUGGCUAUGUCCCGGGUAUUUUGUACUAUCUAUCGACUUUUUACAAACGCAGAGAGCUGGCCACGCGUGUUGCCAUCUUCCUAUGUUUCAACUGCAUUGCUGGUAUGAUUUCGGGCCCAAUCGGCUAUGCAACCACCUUUUUGGAGGGUAAAUUAGGCAUGCAUGGAUGGCAGUUCCUCUUUUUGAUAGAGGGUGUCCCUACCACGUUGCUAAGUGCUUGUUGCUAUUACUUCAUGAUUGGUGACAUUCAAAAAGUAAAGUGGCUGACCGAUGCUCAAAAGGAAUUGCAAGUACAGCGUAUUGCCCGAGAGAAAGCCACAACAUCUGAGCACGCAAAUUUGACAUGGAAGGAAUUCAGGACUUCUAUCUUUGACUGGAGAGCGUGGGCUCUAGGAAUCAUGUUCAUGUUGUGUGUCACUCCUUUGACUGGUAUAUCAAUUUUCUUACCUACCCUGCUGCAAGAUCUCGGUUUCUCCAUCGGUGUAACCCAGCUGCUCGUUAUUCCCAUCAAUUUGGUAGGAGCAAUUGCAGAGAUAGCAUCAGCAAUUGCAGCAGAUCGGAUGCAACAACGCUUUCCAUUUAUCUUUGCCGGUUCAUGUCUGGCUUCUCUGAGCUUUUUUGCGCUGUGUCUUGUACAAAAUCACUGGGCGCGCUAUGCUCUCUUGCACUUUGCCAUGAUAGGCGUCACUAUGACUGCACCCUGUAUUUUGACGUGGGCUUCCGACAAUUGGGAUGGACCUACAAAAGCGAUCUCCAUCGCACUAGUUAUCUGUCUCGGAAAUGUUGGAGGUAUUUUCGCAUCCUUCAUCUUCCGUCCUUCUGACGGACCAGCCUAUGUCAUGCCAUUCGCAGUGUUCGCCGGCAUUCUGGUAAUGGGUGCUGCUGCUUCGUUUGUGCUGAAAAGAUAUUGGAAGCGAGUCAACGAUAAUCGCGACAUGGGAGUAUACGAAAUUGACAUUACAGAUAUGAAGUCGGAAGAGGUAGACCGUUUAGGCGAUCGUCAUCCUUCCUUCAGAUACCUUCUCUAG